AUGUUGAAGCCCUCACCAAAAAGCUCCUCGCCCACAAACCAAUUAUCGCACACGGAGUGCGUUCCAUUUGAAGAUGAAGAAGACAACAAUCCGUUCCUGCAUCAUCUGGGUCUAACAAGCCUCAUUCAUCAAAGCCAUUUGCCAAAUCCGCAAGAAAGCCAAUCGGAAAGGAGACCGAGUUUGACCAACGAGGAUUACGAGGACGAGUCGAUGUUAUUAUACAAGACUGAUACUUUGAACAGAACGUCUCAAUCUCAAAUAAGAAGCGAGUCAUUUAAUACCGUGAAUAUGAAUUUUGAAAGCCGAGUAACGAAACUACUCAAGCCCAAUGUCAAUGUCAGAAUACAAAUCACCGAGGCAGGAAACUCAAAUGAAGGAAUGAAUAACGCCCUGAAGAAAUACGUUGUUUAUACAAUAAGACUAAUGAAUUUGGAUAAAAAAAAUGAUGAAAUAUUAACCAGGAGGAGGUAUAGCGAUUUCGAAAGCUUAAGAGAGAUAUUGACCAAGAUCUUCCCCUUGGUUAUUAUACCGCCAAUACCACCAAAAAAUUAUUUUGAUUUUUCUGUAUUUAAUGGAUUAGUUGGACAAGGAACAAGCGGGGUAUCAAACGGUGUACCGAUGCCAAUUUCUACCAAUAAAGAAACCGUUAAUAACGGACCGCCAUCUGCCGCCUCUGCUGCAUCUGCUGCUGCAUCCGUUGCAAAUCCCAUAUCGUCAACUCCCUACGCGUAUAUAAAUUCGAAUCACUUGGGAAAGAUUAGAUUAAUCGAGCAUAGGAAGCGAUUAUUGACCAAUUUCUUGAACAACUGUCUUCAAAUCAAGCAGAUUCGAAAUCUUGAGUUUUUCGCUAAAUUCCUAGAUCCAAAUGCAAAUUGGACUGAUGAGAUUUCGUUAAUCCAAAACCAAUUACCUAAAAGUGUCUAUUUGUUGAAUCCUGAAAAUGGACUCAAAACUGAUCCAAUUUAUCGAUAUUUACCAAAUCCUUCAAAUAAAAAGACAAUGAGUUUUUUCAAAGACAAUAAAAAGAGAAUAACUAAAAAGACAAACCAAUUGAUUAGUAGUGGUGUUACUAUCGGAAUGCAAGAUAACAAUAAUAAUAUCAAUAAUAAUAUCAACAACACCAAUAAUAUCAACAACACCAAUAAUAUCAACAACAACAAUAACAACAACAGCAGCAGCAACAACAACAACAACAACAAUACUACUAGUGGCAACUACCCAGUAAGUGAACCUGAUCCCGAGACUAUGCAAAGACAAAAACAAGAAGAAUUUAUUGUGGACACAUCGGGCCUUGAUGAAGUUAAUAAAAAAAUUAUGGCCAAUUUCAUGGGGUUAUCAAAUGACUAUGCUGAAUUGGGAAGUGUUUUUAAUUCCUUUUCAUUGAUGUUUUCUGAAACAUUACUGCUGCGGAGUGAUGAUAACAAAUUAAAGACAAAUGAAAAUGAUGAUGAGUUAAAUUUCAUAUUUGAUAAAAUAGGUCAAGCAUUUGAUCGAUCGUAUAUCACCAUAAAUUCAUUGAUUGGAGAUUUAGAAACAAGAUUUUCAGAGCCUUUAGGUGAAGCAGUGCAAUAUACCAGUAUCCUUCAAUAUGUGACGAAAUACCAGUCCAAAAAACUAAAACAGAAACAAAUGUUAGAUAAUGAACUAAAAAGCAAACGAAAAGAGUUGAAUAAUUUGUUAAAAGUAGAGGCAGAAGCAGGUAAAGUGGAGCAUGCAAUAGCAACACAGCAUAAUGGCAAGUCUACUACAAAGUACAACUUGAAUGGCAAAGCUUCCACCUCAUCAACAUCAGCGUCAAACGGUAAUACAAACACAAAAACAAACUCAAACACACCACCGGCGAGUCAAAAUAAUGGAUCAAAGUUCAAAUUCCCAAGCUUCAAAAAGAUAACACAAUACGUGACUGAAAUCAUUGAUCAAAAUCCUCAACAAACACGCAAAACAAAAAUCCAUGAAUUAACUGAUAAGAUUGAGAUUUUUGAAAAAUGUCAAGGUAUAAUGUUGGCCGAUUUAUCGUUUAUAUUUGAUGAAAUUGAUAAGAAUCUAAAGAAAUUUCAUACAAGGCAAUUGAAAAUGAUCUAUGAAAUAUUAUUGUAUUACAAUCGAUUCAUGAUCAAUUGGGCAAAGAAAAAUAUCGAAAUUUGGGAAGAGGUGAGAGAUGAUAUUGUAAAGUAUUGA